CAUGGGUAAAGCAGAGCAGAUAGAAGACUGCACUCCAGCCAGUCUCCCAGCAAGAGGAGGAGCACCGUGCCUGAGAAUGGAAGGCACUCUAGACCCUUAACAAAAAGCACCACAGCACUCAAAUCAAGAAAGGAACAAAGAUAUUGUAAGAUGUUCAACUCCAGCACAAACUCCUCGGGAAACAACUGCAAUAACAGCACAGUAAUAAUUAAGACAGUCAUUCCCCUGGUCUACUUCUUAAUUUUCAUAGUAGGACUGUUGCUGAACAGUGUGGCAGCAUGGAUCUUUCUGUAUGUUCCUAGCAAUAAGAGUUUUAUUGUCUAUCUCAAAAACAUUGUUGUUGCCGAUCUCCUAAUGAGCUUGACAUUUCCUUUCAAAAUUCUUGCCGAUUCAGAAAUCGCACCUCCACAACUCAAUACGUUUGUGUGCAGAUACUCUGCUGUUGUUUUUUAUACAAACAUGUAUAUUGGGAUAACAUUUUUUGGCCUCAUAGGUUUUGACAGAUACUACAAAAUUGUAAAGCCUUUAUUCACCUCCUUUGUUCACACAGUUAACUACAGUAAGGUGAUCUCUAUAAUCAUAUGGCUGCUGUUAAUGCUUUUAUCAUUUCCAAAUAUGCUUUUAACUAAUGAAAUCGCUGAGGAAAAUCAUUCCAGAAAAUGUAUAGGUCUUAAAAAUGAGCUUGGCAAGCAGUGGCACAAGGUAUCAAAUUAUAUUUCCAUAGGGAUUUUCUGGAUUGUUUUUCUUCUGCUAAUUAUUUUUUACACUUCUAUAUCAAAAAAAAUAUAUAGCUCUUAUAAAAAAUUCAGAAGGAACUCAGAUGUGACCAAGAGAAAAAUCAGCCGUAAUAUAUUCAGUAUCAUGUUUGUAUUUGUCAUUUGCUUUGUACCCUAUCACAUCUGCAGAAUACCAUACACUCUAAGUCAAACUAGCUCACAAUUCAACUGCCAGUUAAAAGAAACUCUGUUCUACUCAAAGGAGUUUACUCUUGCACUGUCUGCUGCAAACGUGUGCCUUGAUCCCAUUAUUUAUUUUUUCCUCUGCCUACCCUUUAAAGAAAAGCUGUACCAAAAACUGCAUCUCAAGCUGAAAACUCCAAGGGACGUUGAAGUUUCUAAAUCCAGAAAAUCAAAUACACUUCCGGAAAGUAUAAAUAUAGUAUAAGUUCGGGUCUGUAAAAUAACACACUUAGGCAAGUUAUUUAAGAAUGCAAAUGUCUCAAAGAAACUGAACAGAUGAGAACCGGCAAUAAAAGAGAAGAAAGGUUUCAGCUUAAAAUACCAAGUAGCGUUUCUCUAUACAAAAACAUUAUUGCAAAUUGAC